UUUGCUGAUCAUUGUGCUUUGCACUACAUGGACGGGAAAUGCGACUGGGAGUGCGCAUCUGCAGAAUGCGGAUUUGAUGGCUCGGACUGCGGUAUGAGCGUGACCCACUCGGACAGUAACGCCAUAAUGGGAAUCAUUUUUGAUGGACAAUCGUACGAAAUUCUCCGAAAACUACUCCCUUUGCUUGGAAGCAUAGCACAGUUGUUGCAUGCCCCGGUGCAUUUGAGUGUGAAUUCUGAAGGUGGGGGUCCUGUUUACGGAUGGUCAUAUAAGAAUGGUGUCGGCGAGCAAAUCGAUUUAAAGGAGAAAACAAUACCAGAGUAA